AUGUGGAACAACUCAUGGAGGAGGAGGAGGAGGAGGCGCCCCUCGGCCUUCCUCCGCCGGCGCCGCUCACGUCCCCCGCUUCUCUUUCCGCCCUCCUCAGGCUGUGACAGGACGUUCAUCACCGUGAGCGCCCUCUUCUCGCACAACCGAGCCCACUUCAGGGAGCAGGAGCAGUUCUCCUGCUCCUUCCCCGGCUGCAACAAGCAGUACGACAAGGCCUGUCGCCUCAAGAUCCACAUGAGGAGCCACACAGGUGAAAGGCCUUUUAUCUGCGACUUUGAAGGUUGUGGCUGGUCUUUCACCAGUAUGUCCAAGCUGCUGAGACAUAAAAGGAAACAUGAAGAUGACAGGAGGUUUACGUGUCCAGUAGAAGGCUGUGGGAAGUCCUUCACAAGAGCAGAACACUUGAAGGGCCAUAGUAUAACUCACCUUGGUACAAAACCAUUCGAGUGUCCAGUAGAAGGCUGUUGUGCAAAAUUCUCAGCACGAAGUAGUCUGUAUAUUCACUCCAAAAAGCAUCUUCAAGAUGUGGACUCAUUAAAGACUCGCUGUCCUGUGUCCAGCUGUAAUAAAUUGUUCACUUCCAAACACAGCAUGAAAACACAUAUGGUAAAACAGCACAACUUCAGCCCAGAUCUCUUAACUCAGCUUGAAGCAACCAGCUCCCUCACACCAAGCAGUGAACUCACCAGCCCAGCACAGAGCGAUCUCAGCAACAUAGACCUCGUAUCCCUCUUCUCCAACGUGUCUAGUAACAAUUCUGGAAUUGCCUCGGACAUGGCGCUCGUGAACUCCGGCAUCGUCACGAUAGAUGUUGCUUCCGUGGGCUCGACGCUCGGUGGAAACCUGCCCGUCAGCACCAAUUCUCUAAGCCAGGCGGUCGACCCCUUGAUCUUGGUGGCCAGCAGCGACAUGCCGCAGAGCCUGGACAGCUCCCUCCUGCUGGGAACCGGCGCGACGGUUCUGCAGCAAAGCACUUUAAACUUGGAUGAUGUACAGACCGUCAACGCGGAAGCCUUGGGUUCGCUGGCAUCCCUGUCGGUGAGGAAUUCCAGCCAGGAUGUGCACGGGUUGACGUCCAGCAAUAAUUUAACGAUUGACACAGCCACUUUGACUCCUUCUAGUAGCCUCGGUGGUGCCAAUGUGCCUGAGUUACUAACGCCAACUAAAGCUGAACGAAACUUGCUCCCCAGCUCGGAUGUUGUUGGUCAACAAGAGGGCACCAAAGUAGUGACUCAGUUUGUUUUCUCCAACCCUCCAGGAAGCUACAGUGCUCAGAAAGAAAUGGAUCUCAGCACAGUGACUGGCAGCUCAUUUUUGGAAAGCGGUGGUUCUGCGAGAACAGACUACAGAGCUAUUCAGCUGGCCAAGAAACGAAAACAAAAAGGGAAUGGGAGCAGCACAGGGGCAUCUGGCUCUGGUCAGAGGAAAAGCAAGGGCGGUAAAGUAAGUCCUACCAGCUUUUCAUCAUCCAUUCCUGGCAGCCGACUGGGUGGCAACAUUGUUCUGCCAAACGGAGGGCUGACAAUAAGGGACCCUGCCACUGGAGCACAGUAUGUGCAAAUUCAGCUCCUUCAGGUAAGGACUGAGAGAGACCUGCUCAUCUUCUCUGUCACUUGCUGAAGUUGGCGUUUAUAGAAGAAUCUAAGU